UCACAUUUCAGCCUCUGCUCUGAGAAUUUAUCCUGAGCAGCCCCUAACAGGCUGUUACUUCUCUACAACUGAGCUAUGAUCAUCUUAAUUUACGUACUUGUCUUGCUGUGGGAAGAGGCUCACGGAUGGGGAUUCAAGAAUGGAAUUUUUCAUAACUCCAUAUGGCUUGAACAAGCAGCAGGAGUAUACCACAGAGAAGCACGGUCUGGAAAAUACAAGCUCACCUACGCAGAAGCGAAGGCGGUGUGUGAAUACGAAGGUGGCCAUCUCGCCACCUAUAAGCAGCUAGAAGCAGCCAGAAAAAUUGGAUUUCACGUCUGUGCUGCUGGGUGGAUGGCCAAGGGUAGAGUUGGAUACCCCAUUGUGAAGCCAGGGCCCAACUGUGGAUUUGGAAAAACUGGUAUUAUUGAUUACGGAAUCCGUCUCAACAGGAGUGAAAGAUGGGAUGCCUACUGCUACAACCCACAUGCAAAGGAAUGCGGUGGCAUCUUUACAGAUACAAAGAGAAUUUUUAAAUCUCCAGGCUUCCCAAAUGAAUAUGAUGAUAACCAAGUCUGCUACUGGCACAUCAGACUCAAGUAUGGUCAGCGUAUUCACCUGAGUUUUCUGGACUUUGAUCUUGAAGACGAUACAGGUUGCUUGGCUGACUAUGUUGAAAUAUAUGACAGUUAUGAUGAUGUCCAUGGCUUUGUGGGAAGAUACUGUGGAGAUGAGCUUCCAGAAGACAUCAUUAGCACAGGAAAUGUCAUGACUUUGAAGUUUCUAAGCGAUGCUUCGGUGACCGCAGGAGGUUUCCAAAUCAAGUACGUGGCAGUGGAUCCCCCAUCCAAACCCAGUCAAGGAAAAAAUACAAGCACUACUUCUACGGGAAAUAAAAGCUUUUUAGCUGGAAGAUUUACCCAUUUAUAA